CCCUCAUACGAGUCUUUGUCCUCUGUGAUUAAUGUGUUGUGGAUCCAGAUCACCUGACGGAGAUGGUGUGCUGCUCGACUGAAGACGCACACUGAUCUGGAUUGAUUGAAAUAAGAUUUGAGGACAUUUAUCAGUAUGACAGGUCCAGUGCAGGAUUCCCACAGACUCUCUGUGAAAACAUGGACAGAGGAGGAGAGCGACCGAGCUGACAGCACACCAAGCAGAGCACAGUCCAUGUGUGAUGACACUUCAUCAGAGCUCCAGAGGAUGGCGGCCAAUGACAGAAGGGAUAUUAACUCCCAGAAUGGACGUGGUGCUCUCUCCAGGAUCGUCAACAUGGUGAUGACUCUCAGAGAAUGGGCACAGAAGAGUUUGGCAGAGGAGAACGAGCGGCCGGAUUCCUUCUUGGAGCGUUUCAGAGGCCCCGCCAACGCGGACCAACAAGCCCCGCCCAGCAGGUUCAGCCACACUGGCUCUGAUGUAGAUCAUGAAAUCAGGCGCUCCAGAUACAAGAGGAAGAAGUUUAAUGUCGUGGUCUUGUCCCCUUCUGAUGAUGCAUACUACCACUGGUUGAUGGUGAUCGGUUCUGCAGUCUUCUAUAACUGGACCCUUCUAGUUGUCAGAGCCUGUUUUGAUGAACUCCAGAUGGAGAACGUGUUGGUGUGGUUGGUUCUGGAUUACCUCUGUGAUGGAGUCUAUAUUCUCGAUAUAGCCGUCCGUCUUCACACAGGUUUCUUGGAUCAAGGGUUGAUGGUGAAAGAUGUGCGGCGCCUGAGAGAAACCUAUGUUCGAACCUUUCAGUGUAAGUUUGACAUUUGCUCCAUCCUUCCAACUGACCUCCUGUACCUGACUGUGGGAAUCAGCUACACUCCUCUGCUUCGAUUCAACCGGCUCCUGCGCCUGCCCCGCCUGUUUGAGUUGUUUGAACGUACUGAGACGCGGACGGGCUACCCCAACGCUUUCCGCAUCUGUAAACUGGUUCUGUACAUCCUCGUCAUCAUCCACUGGAAUGCCUGCGUAUAUUACAGCUUCUCCAAGGCGCUGGGACUGGGCUCAGACUCUUGGGUUUAUCCCAAUGCAUCAGAUCCUGAGUUUGGCUCCCUGACCAGAAGUUACAUAUACUGUCUGUAUUGGUCCACCCUCACGCUGACCACCAUUGGAGAGACACCCCCCCCUGUUAGAGAUGAGGAAUAUUUGUUCCUGAUAUUUGACUUCCUGGUGGGUGUUCUGAUUUUUGCCUCCAUUGUUGGAAAUGUUGGAUCCAUGAUUUCCAAUAUGAACGCCACUAGAGUAACCUUUCAGAGCCGUGUAGACACCCUGAAACACUACAUGCACUUCAGACAUGUGAGCAAGGGUCUGGAGCAGCGCGUCAUCCGCUGGUUCGACUACCUCUGGACCAAUCAGAAGACAAUAGAUGAACAGGAAGUGCUGAGGAGUCUGCCAAAUAAACUGAGAGCCGAGAUUGCUAUAAAUGUUCACCUGGACACACUGAAGAAGGUACGUAUUUUCCAGGACUGUGAGGCAGGCCUCCUUGUAGAACUGGUGUUAAAACUUCGACCACAAGUCUUCAGUCCUGGAGACUACAUCUGUCGAAAGGGAGAUGUGGGGAAGGAGAUGUACAUAAUCAAAGAUGGCCAGCUGGCAGUGGUGGGGGAGGAUGGAGUCACCCAGUUUGCAGUUCUGACUUCAGGCAGCUGCUUUGGAGAAAUCAGCAUCCUGAACAUCAGUGGCAGCAAGAUGGGGAACCGACGUACGGCCAAUAUCCGCAGCCUGGGAUAUUCAGACCUCUUCUGCCUUUCCAAACAAGACCUGAUGGAAGCACUUCAGGAGUUCCCCCACGCCAGGGCCCAGCUGGAACAAAGGGGGCGCGACAUCCUGCAGAAGGAGGGGCUUCUGGAGGAAAUAAACGUGUCUGCAGGGGAGGAGCUGGAAGAGAAGGUGGAGAGGCUGGAAACCAGUCUGGACCGGUUACAGACAUGUUUGGCCCGUCUGCAGAGUGAGUUUAAUUCUUCCCAGCUUCGUCUGAAACAGCGACUCACAACCCUGGAACACAGCACCACCACAGCAGUGACAGGAAGUGGCUUCCUGUCAGACGCCGAUGGCAACGAGAGUGUUUCUGGUGGUGACGGUGUUCGCAGUGAAAUCAACAUCCGGCUCUGAAGGACAUAUUCUGAAUAUGGAAAUAUCUGGAGAAGCAUAGAGCGUUGUUAUGGUCACAACAAAGCUACUGUGUUGCUUUCAGUUUGAAUAAUUCAUUCUUUUUAAUUCUGUAAAGGAAGAAUGUGCAACCUGUUGAUCCAGUAGAUGUCGCCCUUGAGCACCAGCAUGAAACCAAAACAAACUGCUGUUCGGCGACACCUCCGCUAUUCUGAAGCCUCGGCUCUCCUCCAGCGAUACACCUCCAACCCCUCUCCACUCGCGUUCACACAAAGGAGUUAUCAAUUAGAACACACCAUAAUUAAGCACCAUUAAGGGCAAGUGGCGGUUAAACUCUGAUUCUUACAGAAAAUCUUAACCCUUGCACUGGACUUGUGCCAUGUAAUCAAUGAUGUAUUUUUCCACAAGGGGGCGUAAAACUCCUUAAAAUACCAGUGAUUACCAACCUUCUGUUUGUACUGACUGCACUUAAAUGCAUCGAGCCUCUCUAAUUUCACAACACAUUUCCAAUGGACUUCUUUCUAUGGUAUCUGCAGCGUCUAAAUAAACGUGCGCUCAUACACGUCUUCUUUCAUGAAUGACACUCUAAAAUGUCACACGUUGAAGUUUCUAGCUAUGAGAAAUUGUUCAGUUUUGGAACUUCAGACUCUGCAAACUCUUAAAGUCAAACUAUUCUUUUAGGAGGCUGAGGAUGUAAAGAGGUUAUUGGUUCUCUCAUGCCUCUCACAUGUAAUCCACUGUGACUGCAUGCUAAUCCAGUGUAGUGUUGCAGUCAAGACAACACUAACCAAAACCAAGACCAAGACAUUUAGAGAUUGAGACCGAGUCAAGGCCAAGACCAAGGCAGGGCGAGACAGAGACAAGACCAAGACCAAGAUCAUAAUUAUCACUGAAAAAUCAUCAUCUUGUGUGCAGCAGGCGAGUCACUUACUUAGACCGUAACAUUGGGAAGGUUGCGGAAAGAAAAUCAGCGGAGAUUCACACUAGUCUUGUUUUACAAUCCGGAGUCCGUACAGUCUAAGGCUGAGACAAGAUUGAGUAAAAUGUUUUGGAUUUCCAAGGCAAGACCUUCAAAAAGUGGUCUUUAGACCAGUCUAGUACCACAACACUACUCCAGUGGACCUAUUGUCAUUGUUUCCAGAUUCCUGACCUCUAAUGAUUGUAUGUGUUAUUAAAGCCAUAACUACUGCAAAUUGAUUUUCAUGUAACUGGAAAUGUCCUGUUUUUUAGUGUGUAUUUACAGUAAUGUUGAUUAAAAAAAUGUUUCAUGAAUUGUUUCUUUUUUUGUAUGCUUUUGACUU